AUGACUAGAAUGGAACAGCCGAGCAGUGAACAGGAGGAGCUGAGCCUGGAGCUCACCCUCCGCCCAAUGGCGCCGGAGCCCCGCGUCGGCUUCUUCCUCUGCGUGUACUGUGACCGCAAGUUCAUCACCUCGCAGGCGCUCGGCGGCCACCAGAACGCGCAUAAGCACGAGCGCCGCGUCGCCAAGCGCCGCCAGCAGACCGCCGCCGCUGGGGAGGGUUUGCCGGCUGCGGCGCGGGACGAGAGGCUGCCCUGGCCCAGGUACGACACAGGUCUCGUGUCUGCGGCUGGGACGGCUGCUGCUGGUGGCAAGGCGCACAAGCACGGCAGGAGCUGGUCGGUGCACGGCGCCGUGGACGACGUCGACUUGUCUCUCCGUCUAUGA